AUGAAUGAACGAAGGCUUGUCGCCUGUUUGAUGAAAUGUGUUUCAAUGGCGAGUGAUGAUGAAGCAGUGAAGAACGCACUGAUAGUAGAUGCUCGGGCAAGAAACAUCAGUCACAAUGUGAGGUGCACGGAGUGUGGGAGUCAAUCUAUUGAGGAUUCUCAAGCAGACAUUGCCAUUUUGCUCAGGAAGUUAAUUCGUGAUGAAAUUCGGGCUGGAAAGAGUGACAAGGAAAUCUACAAAAAGCUUGAGGACGAUUUUGGAGAGACUGUACUAUAUACACCAAAGUUUGAUAUGCAGACAGCAGCUUUGUGGUUAUCACCGGUCCUAGUUGCCGGUGCAGCUGCAGGAAUAUGGGCUUAUAAGAAGCAUAAACAAAAGACUAAUGUCCAUAUCAUGGCUCUGGACCUUGUUAGAGGUGUUUCAUUGACCCCAAAAGAGAAGGAAACGAUGCUUGAUAUUCUGACACCACCUCCUUCACAGGGAGCUAGAAAACCCUUUUGGUGGAGGAGAUGA